GUUCGGCGUUGUUCUGGGUUGCGUGCCGCUGCCGGUGAAGUUUCAAGAUGCCAUUUCGCUUGGGAACAGAUCCCAUUCGACACACCUUGCAGUACUUGGAAAAAGGUCCUUUGGUGUUCAAGGAGCGUGUGCGGGUAAUGCUUGUUCAUUACAACCAACGUGAGAAGUCGCACAAAGGAGUAGAAGAGUUUCUGCAUUGGUACACACCACAAAUUCAGUACAAAAACCCAAGUUUGCAACUGGUUGCAAUGAAGAACGUGAUGCCUUCCACAUUCAUCCGCCUCUUUCUCGACAAUGAUGAAGAGGUAUUAGUCAAUGCCGAAGGGAAGUCUAAAGAAGACAUACUGUCCCACUUGACAAAAAUUCUCGGGAAAUCCGCAUCGGUCUUGGCUGCGGAGCAGAAGGAGGCGCAGAUAGUCGAGAACGUGUCGAAUUUCGGCGAAGGCUGCGGACGGCAUUGUAUAUGCGAGGUGCCGGGCCAGGUGCCCUGUCCCGGGAUCGUACCUCUGCCCAAGGAGUGGCGGGGGAAGUACAAAUACGGCGACUUGGACGAUUGAAUCUUUGCUAUGAAGUAUAUUGCUGUGCUGUGCUGUGUAGAUGUGAAUACAUGAAAAAGGCGUAUGUGUGACUUGUUCGUAACAGAUU